AUGAUGCAUCCAAGUACUCUUUGCCCCCGGGAAGUGGCCGAGCUCCUUUCCAAUGUAGGGGCCCAAAAGGGCAACAUGCGCUUGGACAAAACGUUUAUGAGCGCUGUCUCAGCGGGCUGCCUACUAGCCUUUGCGUGUGGCACUGUUCUGAGCACAAAUGCCACCCCUUGGUUUCAAACAAACGCCCCCGGUCUGAUGCGAACCAUAAGUGCAUUGGUGUUUCCCUAUGGGUUGUGCAUGAUUAUCCUCACCGGAGCUGACCUGUGCACAGGAUCAUUCAUGUUCACCACGAUUGCCGCCCUGCAUCGCCGGUUAUCUUGGAGUAAAAUGCUCAUCCACUGGGGACUGACAUUCCUCGGAAAUUUGGCCGGAUCGUUGUUUGUCGUGGCUAUCAUAUUUGGAUACGGAGAUGUAUUCUCGGCAGACCCCUUUCGAUCCGCCGUGAUCUCUUUCGCGACAAAAAAGCAGAUCGCGCCUGAAUUUCACACUAUACUGCUACGGGGUAUCGGUUGCAACUGGCUCGUAUGUCUGGCAUGUUUCUUUGGGUUUCAAGGUCAAGAUUUGGCAUCCAAAGUUAUUGGAAUUUGGGGGCCGACCUUUGCGUUCGUUUCCCUUGGGUUUGACCACGUUGUCGCGAACAUGACAUUCAUCCCGCUGGCAAUCUGGGUUGGAGCCCCAGAGAUCACAGUCGGUCUUUAUAUUUGGAAAGGAAUUAUUCCCACCCUGCUGGGGAACAUAAUUGGCGGUGGCCUUUUCUGCGGAACCUAUUAUUGGUACAUGCAACUACUCGAUAUGAACACCUUACCCUUGUACAACACCAAGGCAAAGGGGAUUACUUCGCCAGAUUCAGCAUCGCACUCCGACGAAGCAGCCGUGAAAUAG